AUGGAACCUCCACAUUUUUCCAAGGAACAAAGCCCGGCUUUCUUGGCUAGAAAGAGAAGAAGACUCAGCUUGAUCACAAAGAAAAACAACUCCACCAAUGUUAAUUCCUCUCAAUCCCCUCAUCAGCAUCUCACACCCAUUCCAACUUCUGUGACAUUUGAAAAUACUGUCAAUACACCUCCUACAUCAACCCAACACCAAUGUCCUAUUUCAACUAACCAUCGAAUGACAAACAUCCUUCCUAUUCACCUUGCCAAUAAAGAAAAUGUUUACCCUUAUUUCAGCAAAAACCCAACAACUACUCCCAUUCCAACUACGCCUUCCAUGGAAUAUACACCUUUUCCCACAACUACAUCAAAAUCCUUCAAUCAAACCAUUCUUCAUCAUAAACCAAUUGUUAAUGCACCUUCCAACCCUCAUACAACACCCCAAACUGUUUUGUCCCAGAGCCCACAUUCUGCUUUUUAUACAAAUUUGGGUUCUGCUGAUUACUCAAAUGAUGAUACCUGCAGCCAAACUGAUUCGGACAAUGCUAUGGAGCCCAAUCCAGGUUCAGAUGAAGAUCAAACUGAAGUUCCUAUACUGAAUUCCCAUGAUGAAGUAUACUCUGAUAUUGGAGAUCCUGUAUGGGAGUGCACACACUGUGGUGCCUAUAUGUGGUAUCAGGAGCGUAAAGGGAAGUCAACACAUACAACUAUACCAAAGUUCAGUUUAUGUUGUAAGGGAGGAAAAAUUGUUGCACCAUUAUUGGUAACACCACCACCACUUCUUAACACUCUUCUGUUCGAUCCCAAUUUGAAAGAUGCAAAUAAUUUCCAAAACAACAUACGAACCUACAAUGCAAUGUUUUCGUUUACAUCCCCUGGAAUGAAGUUUGACACUUCCAUCAACGAAGGCGGAGGUCCUCCAACAUUACGACUACACGGACAAACAUGCCACAGAAUCGGAAGUUUGCUUCCUGAACAAGGACAAAUACCAAAAUAUGCUCAACUAUAUAUUUUUGAUACGGACAAUGAAGUUAACAACGGAAUCAAAUGUUUCAAGGACAGCAAAAAUGUGGACAGGUCUAUUGUAACUAAGUUAAAGUUGAUGUUAGAUGAAUAUAAUCCUCAUGCCAAAGCUUUUAGAAUGGCAAGGGACAUGAUGAAACAAACAGGUUUUCAAGAUCUUAAACUGAAACUUAUUUCGGAAAGAUCUUCCAACGGUCGUGUCUAUAACCAUCCAACUGUGUCGGAAGUUGCUGCUCUUAUCGUUGGUGACGUGGACACCGCAUCUAAGAGAGACAUCAUUGUUCAACAUCGUGAUGGUCAUCUCCAACGGAUAGAUGAGUUUCAUUCAGCUUAUCUAUCCUAUCAAUAUCCGAUGAUAUUUCCAUACGGAGAAGAUGGAUACAGAGAUAAUAUACUACAUAAGUUUAAACAUGAAAAGCAGGUUACCAAGCAAAAUCGUCAAACUAUCAAAGAUUGGCUAUGUUUCCGAUUGCAAGAACGUAAAAAUGAGGCGAGGACACUUCUGCACUCAAGGAGACUAUUUCAACAGUUUUUAGUGGAUGGAUAUACAAUGAUGGAAUCAGAACGACUUAACUGGUUGAGAAAAAAUCAAUCCAAGCUAAGAGUUGGGAAAUAUACAAGAAUUAAUGAACAAUGUGAAAGCAGUCAGCAGCAAGCGCAUUCUAAAACUGGCAGAAGAGUUGUCUUACCAUCCUCAUUUGUAGGUAGCAAGAGAUAUAUGGAUCAAUUGUAUUUUGAUGGAAUGGCUAUUUCCAGUGCAAUUGGUUUCCCUGAUUUAUUUAUAACAUUUACCUGCAAUCCUAAAUGGCCUGAGAUUACACGUCACCUAUCCAAAAGGAAUUUAAACCCAGCAGAUCGUUCGGACAUAGUUUCAAAGGUCUUCAAAAUGAAGUUUGACGAACUGAUGGUUGACAUAACAAAGCGACAUGUUCUUGGAAAAGUGUUGGCAUACAUCUACACUAUAGAAUUCCAAAAAAGAGGAUUGCCACAUGCUCAUAUUCUCAUUUUUUUACAUCCACAAAGCAAGUACCCAACCCCACCUGAUAUUGACAAAAUAAUUUCAGCUGAGAUACCGGAUCCCCAACUGCAUCCUAGGCUGUAUCAGUUAGUUAAGACACAGAUGAUGCAUGGUCCAUGUGGUCUUGCUCGACCGAAAUGUCCCUGCAUGAAAAAUGGUAGAUGUUCAAAGUUUUUCCCUAAAAAGUUCAAUGAAACUACCAUUGUUGAUCAUGAUGGUUACCCGGUUUACAAGAGAAGUUCACAAACUUUUACCAUUACUAAAAACGGUAUUACCUUGGACAACAGAUUUGUGGUUCCCUAUAAUACCAGGUUACUUCUUAAAUAUGAUGCUCACAUCAACAUGGAGUGGUGUAACCAAAGCACCUCAAUCAAAUACCUCUUCAAAUACAUUCACAAGGGUUACGACCGAAUCACUGCAUCUGUUUCGCGAUCAAGAACAUCAUGCAGUAAUGCUGAUAAGGUAAUUGAUGAGAUUAAAGAAUACCUUGAUUGUAGAUACGUAUCACCAACUGAGGCAUGUUGGCGGCUAUUUUCUUACAAGAUUCAUGGAAGGAAACCGGCUGUUGAACGUAUGUUCUAUCAUCUUAUCGGUGAGAAGCCAUUGUACUACACUGAUUUUGAAAGGAUGGAAAAUGUUUUAGAAAAAGCAAGUAUAACUGAAUCUAUGUUUACUUUGUGGUUACUCGCAAAUGAUCGGUAUGAGGAAGCACAACAAUUGACAUAUGGGCAGUUUGUUUCUAAGUUUGUAUAUGUCAAGAAAACGCGCUCAUGGAAACCAAGGAAAAAAGGUUUUACAAUUGGAAGGCUCAUUUGGGUUCCACCAACAACCGGGGAACUCUAUUAUCUAAGGAUGAUGCUAACAGUGGUGAAAGGACUAAAAAAUUAUGAAGAUAUUCGUAAGGUCGGAGAUAGACAAUACGACUCAUUUAGGGACGCAUGCUUCGCAAUGGGUUUCCUGGAAGAUGAUAGAGAAUAUAUAGGUGCUAUUAAAGAGGCCAUCAUAAAUAUGAAUAUAGGAUACUUUGAAACCAUCAUAAAUGUAUAG